AUAGCUAAAUUUAUUCCAGUAUACUUGAGUCUUGACUCAGGACAACUUGGCCGAAGUAGCCUGAAGGCGAAGUGGCCAGUAAUCCCCAAAACAAGAACAGCUUCGGUCAGCUGAUCUUGAAAGAGGAAAAGCUGUAAGCAACAUACGACUACGGUUCCUAAGUCUUCCGGGGUUGGUUAAAGUACAGUGAGGAAGUUGUGUUGUGAGGACAGGCGUGGUGAUGGGCGAUACAGUCAAGACCCCCGCGACAGCUCACCACCCGUGGGCUGCCAUGAACCAGGAGGGGGAAGAGAGAGAGGAAGCGCCAGUGUGGCGGGCGUCGUGUGUUGGCAAUCAUUUUCCACAAGAGCUGGAAGCGGAGUACUCCCCUUCACGGUGGUCUAAGAGACACGGUGCCCAGCAGAUCAUUGGGAUACACGUGAAAGUCGCCACUGAUCUCUCCCAGGUGGCUUUCUCCCUCACCCACCGCCUCAACAUCCCUUACAGCGACCAGGGGCCAAGGGCGAAGCUGGACGUGUUUGGCGAGGAUUUACCCGCAGAGAGCGUCUUACUGGUAUACGUGCACGGGGGCUACUGGCAGCAAAUGAAUAAAGAAGUCUCAUCAUUGUUCGUGAAGCCGCUGUAUCAUGCUGGAGUGGUGACGGUGGUGGUGGGUUACGACCUGGCCCCUCAAGUCAGCCUCGAGAGGAUAGUGUCAGAGGUGAGGGCGGCGGUGUUGUGGGCGUGUAAGCUGGCUCGUGAACGUGGCAGCAAGGGGGUCGUGUUGGCUGGCUGGUCUGCUGGAGCCCAACUUGUGACACAGGUUCUCUCGACGCCGGAGGUAAAGGGAGACACACCCAGCAGUACUGACCUCACUCCCUACAAAGACCUGAUUGGUGGCGUGGUAACCUUUAGUGGCGUCUUUGAUCUCCGCCCGCUGGUCAAAACAAGCGUCAACGAACCUCUUCAUUUGACAGAUUCUACGGCUUGGGCUAUGUCCCCUCUAGCCAGCGUGGGCGUGAUGGGGCGGGCUAGGCCAUCUCUCAGGCUUCUCAUAUCGGUGGGCCAACACGACUCGCCAGAAUUUAAGAGGCAAUCCAAAGAGUACUGCCAGGCAUGUGUGGAGGCGGGAAUGAGAGCAGAGUGUGUAGUGGUGGAAGGGAUGGAUCACUUUAGUAUAGUGGAAGAUCUGGCGCAAGAAAAGUUUUCCCUCACCCAGAGAAUCGUGUCCUUUGUGAAGCUGUGCACCACUAGCCCACACGCUGAUACACCGAAACACGACAAGAAGGAUCACUGAUAAAUACGAUAUAAAAGAUGUAAGGGGAGUGGUUAUAAUCACCCACAGCUAUAAAAUAUAAUACGUACCACUAAUAACGUUUUGUGAAUUCAUUAGACUUUGUUCUGUUAUCGAUCCUUGGUGUUUAAUCUUGAUAUUUGUUUGAUAUGAUGGGGAAAAUGUGUAUUGUAAUACAAUGGGAAAAUAUAAACAUA